CCUCGAUAUAGAAGAAGAGUUCUCUUCUUCUACGCGCAGCUGUUUCCGUCUGUCUUGUCCACGUCUGUGUCCAUUGUUUUUGUUUAUCGCAUAUGUACCGAAGAUGUCCGAAGAUCUGCGGCCACAGCUGGAGGAACAUCUGCAGAGUCUUAACAUCCGGACGAGCUGCGUGGAGCACCCGCCGGUGUUCACGGUAGAGGAGAUGAUGCCUCACCUACAGGAUGUGAAUGGAGCCGUCACUAAAAACCUCUUCCUCAAGGACAAGAAGAAGAAGGGCCUGUGGCUGGUGUCAACUCGCCACGACCGCCAGGUGAACCUCAACGAUCUCGCCAAGAAGCUCGGCGUCGGCAGCGGCAACCUGCGCUUCGCUAACGAGGCGGCCAUGUUGGAAAAACUCAAGGUGGGUCAGGGCUGUGCCACAGCUCUCGCUCUGCUCUUCGACAAGGACCACAGUGUGAAGUGCGUCCUGGACCGGGACCUGCUGGAAGGAGGCCAUGACAUGGUCUACUUCCACCCCAUGACCAACGGUGCCACCAUGGGGAUCCACCCAGAUGAUCUGCUGCGCUUCCUCAAGGAGACGGGACACGAGCCCGUCCUGGAGAGCUUCGACUAGGACAGAGAUCUGGACCCGGACCGGGUUAACACCAGCAGCCGAGAAGCCUGCAGGGACUGAACUGAGCAGUGCUGUGUUAGAACAGAACAAGACCUGCAGCAAAGCCUGCACCAGAAGCCAAAAAAAA